GACAAAGGGAGCGCUUGACUGACACCCACCCGUCGCUGCCUCACCUCCUCCCUGUGGGAGGCGUCACGCGGGAGGAGACUUUAAAUGUGGAAAAGCCCCACGCCGCGUCCAGAGCCUCGACACGCUGUCAGCGCGCCACCGUGGAUGAUACCUGGACUCAAGCCGAAGCCGAGGAGCGCGACAUGAGGAUAGUGUGCUGGGUCUUUAGCAGAACCUGAACCACUCUAGUGUUCCACUUGAACGACUUGAAGAAAUGAGUUCCGACAAGAACAAGAUGGAGGACGAGGCGGUCCUGGACAGAGGAGCGGCUUUCGUGAAGCACAUUUGUGAUGAAGAGGAAGUGGAAGGUCACCACACAGUGUACAUUGGUGUCCACGUUCCGAAAAGUUAUCACCGGAGAAGACGCCACCGACGCAAGUCCAGCCACAAGGAGAAGCGGGACCGAACGGAGCAUGGCACAGAGGGAUACAAGUCGGACGGCGACAACAUAGACGAGUCCUCCACCAAUGUUCUGAAGCCCCUGAUUUCUCCGGCUGAAAGGAUCAGGUUUAUCUUGGGAGAGGAAGACGAUGGUCCCCCACCUCCGCAGCUCUUCACUGAACUGGAUGAGCUUCUGGCCGUGGACGGACAGGAGAUGGAGUGGAAGGAGACAGCCAGAUGGAUCAAAUUUGAGGAGAAGGUGGAGAAAGGAGGCGAACGUUGGAGCAAACCUCAUGUAGCCACACUGUCGCUGCAUAGCUUAAUGGAACUUAAAAAGUGCAUUGAGAAGGGCACCAUCAUGCUGGACCUCGAGGCCACCACGCUGCCACAGAUAGUGGAGAUGAUCACCGACAGCCAGAUUGAGAGCGGGCAACUGAGGCCUGACGUCAAAGAGAAGGUCAUGUACACGCUGCUCCGGAAGCACCGUCACCAGACCAAGAAGUCCAACCUGCGGUCUCUCGCCGACAUCGGCAAGAGCGUGUCCAGCGCAAGUCGCCUCUUCACCAACCAGGAGAACGCUCGCAGCCCCCUCGAGCACCCAGUGCCUUGUUUUAACCCUCAAGACUCAGAGGAACCAUGUGAAGUCACGAGAAGCUCCAGCAUGGGAUACCUCUGCAGCCCAACCACCGCCCAUCGCACCCUCACCUCCAACAGCCUGAGUGACUUUUCUGACAAGCCCGAGAAGGACCAGCUCAAGAACAAGUUCAUGAAGAAGCUGCCCCGGGAUGCCGAGGCGUCAAACGUGCUGGUUGGGGAGGUGGACUUCCUGGAAAAUCCCUUUGUGGCGUUUGUGCGUCUGCAGCAAGCUGUGAUGCUGGGAGCGCUCACCGAAGUCCCCGUGCCCACGAGGUUUCUGUUUGUGCUCCUGGGCCCCAAAGGUAAAUCAAAGUCCUACCAUGAGAUCGGAAGAGCCAUCGCCACCCUGAUGUCUGAUGAGGUGUUUCACGACAUCGCCUACAAAGCAAAGGACCGCCAGGACCUGCUGGCAGGUAUCGAGGAGUUCUUGGACGAGGUCAUCGUUCUGCCCCCUGGCGAGUGGGACCCCGACAUUAGGAUAGAGCCGCCCAAAUCACUGCCCUCCUCGGACAAGAGGAAGAACAUGUACGCUGGGUUGGAACCGCCUCACAUGAAUGGCGACACGCCUCAUGACCCGGGUCAUGGCGCCGGCGGUGGAGGAGGACAUCAAGUCGGCGAGGAGCUCCAGUGCACCAGAAGGUUCUGCGGAGGCCUGAUGCUGGACAUCAAGAGGAAGCUUCCGUUCUUUGCCAGCGACUUCUACGACGCUUUGCACAUUCAGUCUCUGUCCACCAUCUUGUUCAUCUACCUGGGAACGGUCACCAACGCCAUCACCUUUGGAGGUCUGCUCGGGGAUGCUACUGAUAAUAUGCAGGGGGUUUUGGAAAGUUUCCUGGGCACGGCGCUGACGGGAGCGGUCUUCUGUCUGCUGGCGGGUCAGCCCCUCACAAUACUCAGCAGCACCGGGCCGGUUCUGGUCUUUGAAAGGCUCCUCUUCAACUUCAGCAAAGACAACAACUUCGACUACCUGGAGUUCCGGCUGUGGAUCGGCCUGUGGUCGGGGUUAUUCUGUCUGGUGCUGGUCGCCACAGACGCCAGCUUCCUGGUGCAGUACUUCACUCGCUUCACCGAGGAAGGUUUCUCUGCACUCAUCAGCUUCAUCUUCAUCUACGACGCGUUCAAGAAGAUGAUCAAGCUGGCGCAUCACAACCCCAUCAACGCUAACCUGGACCCGGACCUGAUCACGCAGUACGACUGCCGCUGCCUGCCAGGCAACUCCUCAGCUCAGCUCGACAUCACCGGCAUGACCAACACGACCGAUCUGCCGGUGAACGCGACCUGGUCGUCCCUUACCAUGCACCAGUGCGAGAAGUAUGGCGGUCAGCUGGUGGGAGAGGCCUGCGGCUAUGUGCCUGACAUCACCCUGAUGUCUUUCAUCCUCUUCUUCGGGACCUACACCUGCUCCAUGGCUCUCAAGAAGUUCAAGACGAGCCGCUUCUUUCCCACUCGGGUCAGGAAGCUCAUCAGUGACUUUGCCAUCAUCCUGACCAUCUUGCUCUUCUGUGGUGUGGACGCCUUCGUCGGUGUGGACACCCCGAAGCUCAUUGUGCCAAGUGAAUUCAAGCCGACAAGUCCGUCCAGGGGCUGGUUUGUUCCUCCCUUCGGAGGGAACCCCUGGUGGGUCUACUUGGCGGCUGCCCUACCCGCCCUGCUGGUCACCAUUCUCAUCUUCAUGGACCAACAGAUCACAGCCGUCAUCGUCAACAGGAAGGAGCACAAGCUGAAGAAAGGUGCAGGGUAUCAUCUGGACCUCUUCUGGGUGGCCAUCCUGAUGAUGGUCUGCUCCUUCAUGGGUCUCCCAUGGUAUGUGGCGGCCACGGUCAUCUCCAUCGCCCACAUCGACUCUCUGAAAAUGGAGACAGAGACAUCCGCACCAGGGGAGCAGCCAAAAUUUCUGGGUGUCAGAGAACAAAGAGUCACUGGCAUCUUCGUGUUCAUCCUGACGGGUCUCUCCGUCUUCAUGGCACCCAUCCUCAAGUUCAUUCCCAUGCCAGUCCUCUAUGGUGUCUUCCUCUACAUGGGUGUGGCAUCGCUAAAUGGCGUCCAGUUCAUGGAUCGCCUGCAGCUCCUCCUGAUGCCUGCUAAACACCAGCCGGACCUCAUCUACCUGCGUCAUGUCCCUCAGAGACGCAUUCAUCUCUUCACCUUCAUCCAGGGUCUGUGUCUGGCUCUGCUCUGGAUCCUGAAGUCCACGGUGGCGGCCAUCAUCUUCCCUGUCAUGAUUCUGGCUUUGGUCGCCGUCCGCAAGGCCAUGGACUACGUCUUCUCCCAGCACGACCUCAGCUACCUGGACGAUGUCAUUCCAGAGAAGGACAAGAAGAAGAAGGAGGACGAGAAGAAGAAGAACAAGAAGAAGAAGGGAAGCAUCGACAGCGAAGCUGACUUUUCCGACUAUCCCUACCACGAAAACAUUCCCAGUAUAAAAAUCUCCAUGGAUAUGAUGGAGAAGGAGCCCAUGUUGGAUAGAGAUGAAUCAGAGAUUCCCCUUAAACCGUAUUCGCCGUGCUGAACCGUACCUCAACUCCUCCACUGUGGCUGAGUAAUCUGGACCGACGCUCGUACACCAAAGGUUUGCCUCAGAUCAAGAUCGACCGCGACUCCGAGGAGAACGGCUUCUCCUGGAAGAAGGACUGUGAGACUGACCUGUGAGCGCCGGUCUGGCGUCACAGCCACGCCUCCCCUCCACUACGUUUUUAAUGAUUCCUGUUGAAGAUUUCAAUCACAACAGCUGGACUUUUAAUUUGUUUUGUUGAAGCAAUACUUUUAAUGAAGUUGUCGAAUCAAAGGGCUCCAAGUCGUCUAUGCAGUUUUAUAAACAAUCUGAAGCAGGUGCGUUUCAUUUAUCCACCGCCAGAGAAUCUCUGUACAUUUUCUUUUCAACAAAAAUCGCAAAACGACUUAGUCUGGUUUUAAUGUAAUUUAUCAUAUUUAUCUCAUUAUUUUCUUAUGUAUCUUGAAAACCUUUUAUCGUACUCCAUUUUCUAUAUUUAUUUAAAUUGUUUCCUUCUUUCAAUCCACUUGUUUAUUCCUCUUCGUCCACAGGCCACCUGUGAUCUCUUUAGCUAGCUCUACCUCUGACUCUAGGUGCCAGGCGUGUCACAUCUUUUGUGCAAUGACUUGAUCAAACCGUGGUUCAUUUUUUUUGUCUGGCGCCACAGAAGACCAUUCUGGAGCUGUUAUUUUUUUGUCUGUCUUAUUUGCAGUGCUUUAAUCCAUCAGUCACACUUCUGUUUUCUUUGAAAUCAAAAGCAGUUUUAUCUACUCCUAGUGGAAAUGUGAUUCAACCAAUCACCAAUAUUUAUUUUGCCGUUAAGGCAAAUCGAACCGUGAUCUCUGAGUUGUGAAUGUUCUCAGGCUUUGGAACCGUCAUUGAGAGACUCGAUCCUGUUUGUUCUGACUGACCAUGAUCUGAUGAGAGCUGGCAUUAAUGUGAAGCACAAACAUGUCUUCCUGUGUGUCAUGUGAUCUGUUCUGACUCCUGUCUAUUUUUGAUGUUCUUAUUUUAUACAAGCACCUUAAGUGCUAAAUCAUCGGUGGGUUGUUGAGAAAUGAGUUUUUUUUUAAUGGAGUUUUCUUUGAUGACAAUAAAAUGGCUUAA